UGAUUGUCUCAAAAAUUUGAUGAUGUCAACUCAGCAAAUUUAUUAAAAAUGGGUGUUAUUUGAACAACAUCAGUUUUUAAUGGUCAAUUUAAAAAUUUAGGUGUUAUAAAAGGUGUUUAAAAUGGAAAAUACGUCCAAACAAAGAAAUUAAGGGGUCAAUGUCUUCUUUGUUGAUACAUUUGUGAUUGAAAAAAAAAAAUCCGAAACGAAAUUACAAAAUGUAUUUUUCUAUCGGCUGGCCUCGAGUGAUAAACUGCUCAUAUAAAAAUAUUCGGAAAAUAUCUUGUGAUCGUGUGAAGAUCCUCUUCACCAUUCUCACCGAUGAUACGUUGGCAAUUUGGUAUACAAAGCCUUGUGUCCCAAUUGCUUCCAAGAUUCGAAAUUCAGAAUGCAUAGAAAAGUACGGUCUCAAUACGACAGUGGAAUGGAAACCAGAUUCAAGUAUGCUGCUUGUGGUAACAACCAGUGGGACACUUUUCAUGUACACUCUUAUAGUGAGCGAUACUCCUAAAGGAGUGUACAAUCAAAAUGAUUCCCCAUUUUCCAACUUGCGGAGGGACAGUGCAGAAUUGUUCCUUAAAGAAACAAUUCCAUCUCUAAGACUGUCCUUGACACAUCAAUUAUCAUUGUACGUUCCAAUAACCUGCAUCUCCUGUAUAAACGUUUCACAAAUCAUGGUGGCUACUAAAAAUGGUCGUGUAAUUCGGCUUAAUUGGAACGGUGUUGAAGAACGUGAUUACGCUUUGGAUUUGAAAAGAAUACCGUUUAGCAUAAAUCAGCAAGUUAGUAACGCGGUUCCAAUUUUGGAAAACAAUACAUUCAUCGAUUCAAUAGAAUACUCCCCUUUGUUGUGUGGAUUUUCAAUAACGCUCAAUGAUGGAAGAGCGGCAUUCUUGACCGCAAGUAAUACCAAAUUCGAUCCAAACCAAGUACAAGGCAUCUGGUGCCAGAAUGUAGACGACGCUACUUGUACGGUAAUUAACCACAAAUAUCGUUUGAUUGCUUUUGGACGGCGUAAUUCGCAGACAAAUAUGUACGUGAUUGAUGAUCUGACGGGUGGUUUGGAGCUAUCUCAUCGACUUAUUCUCAGUGCAAAAGAUUUUCCCGGCUCACCUGGCCAUGUCAAUGAGCUUAAAUGGACACCGGAUGGUUGUGCUAUUAUGGUUGCUUGGAGCAACGGUGGAAUUUCUCUUUGGAGCACUUUCGGAUCCUUGCUUAUGUGUUCACUCGGCUGGGAUUAUGGUUUACACAUUGAUCUUUUGAAGAACAAUCCCUUCAACAUUAUAAGUAUGGAUUGGUCCACUGAAGGAUAUCAGUUGUUUUUGGUACGACAAUUGAAUGAAAUCACUUCUCUGGACUCUUCGAGCUCGAGCAAUAUGGAUAAAUCAGGCUCAUUUGUAUCCCUUGGUUCGAUAAGCCCUAAUUCUUCCAGUGGUAACAGUAAAGAAUCUUAUGAACCCGUCCAUAAACCUUCUUUGAAAAGAUGCAAUAGCGGAGGAUUCAAAACAGCUUUGAUACAAAUUGAUUUUGUCAAAAGUAUCCUAACGAUAAAUCCUUGCAUGAGCUACAAUUCCUAUUUGUUGCUGCAAGGCGAUGAUAAACUGUAUAUCAAUCAUGGUGAUGUAUUGCAGAACAUAUACCAUCAACCCAACACUUACGUAACUGAUGAGAAAGAUACCGGUUUUUACAAGAAUGUGCAUUAUUCUGGUCUAUCAAAAGAAGAUUUGGAGUACAUGAGAAAUGAAGAUGAUAAUAACACCGAAAAAUACGUCCAAGUGAAUAGUGUAUUAUCUGAAAGCAAACACUGGGUUGUGCUAAAUCUUCCAACUGCAUACACAGCAUCUAACUGGCCAGUUCGGUAUAGUGCAAUAGAUUUUCUUGGCACUAACGUUGCCGUUGCUGGUCGAACAGGCGUUGCAUUGUACUCAUUCAACACCCGCAAGUGGAAAUUAUUUGGCAAUGAAACUCAAGAAAAGGAUUUUGUUGUAACUGGUGGUUUGCUGUGGUGGAAUGAAUUUGUGAUCAUGGGGUGCUACUCAUUGAUAGGUUUCCAUGAUGAACUUCGGAUGUAUUCGAAAGAAAAUAAACUGGAUAAUCGUUUUGCGAGCAUCACGAAAAUGAACGCUCCUGUAAUGUUGAUUAAUCUUUUUAAAGAUCAGUUGAUUGUGUUUACUGCCGACGGGCAUGUAACAAUAUUUGCCCUUAUAAGAAAUGAGAAUUGCCAACUGGAACUAGAAAAAAUGCACAUUUAUGAUAUUAAAAAUGUUUGCAUUCAUCCGGCAUGCGUGAUAUCGGUUUUAAUGACAAAUCUUCGCAAUGAAGUGGCUAAAUCAAAUUACGACAACUCUUUGUCGGAAACUCUGAUUCUUAAUGUUUCUGGACGAGUGCUGAUGGUUCAGACAGAUUAUAUUGGAAAUGCCACUUCGCAACUAGCUUCAACGUGCUUGGCUUCAUCUGUCGAAUGCAUCUGGGUUUCGGAUUCGAACAAAACUCACAUUAAGGAAUCUCUAUGGUUAUACUGCGGAGGGCAUGGAAUGCGGGUUUGGCUUCCGGUGUUUCCAAGGAACGGAGAGACAGGAACUCGUAGUCAUAGGCAUACUUUUAUGAGCAAGCGAAUAAUGUUGUCGUUUACUUUAAAAAUCUACCCACUGGUUAUUUUAUUCGAAGACGCCAUUAUUCUUGGAGCUGAAAACGACACGAUUCUGUAUACCAGCGAUCCUGCAAUAUACUUUUCAUUGCCAUACUGUGCUUUGAAAAGAACGAGCCAAGUUUAUUUGCAUCAAAUUUUAAGACAGCUGAUUCGCCGAAAUCUUGGUUAUAAUGCUUGGGAAAUCGCUCGAUGCUGUACAAAUCUUCCGUACUUUCCACAUUCACUUGAACUUUUGUUGCACGAGGUCUUAGAAGAAGAGGCUACCAGCAAAGAACCAAUACCCGAUGCUUUGCUGCCCAGUGUUUUGGAAUUCAUUCAAGAAUUCCCUGUCUAUCUAGAAACUGUUGUGCAAUGUGCCCGCAAAACGGAGAUAGCAUUAUGGCCCUACCUUUUUUCGAGCGCCGGUAAGCCAAAAGAGCUCUUCCAACAAUGCAUGGCAUCAAAGCAACUUCAAACAGCUGCGAGUUAUCUUAUAAUAUUACAAAAUUUGGAACCUUCGUCUGUUAGCCGACAAUAUGCCACUUUACUGUUAGAUACUGCGUUAGAACAGAGAAAUUGGUCUCUGGCAAAAGAUCUUGUUCGAUUUCUUAGAGCUAUCGAUCCAAAUGACGUUGAGUCACCUCGGUCAUCGUAUGUGUUUGGAAACAAAUUUGGAAUGAAUGCAACAGGUCCGUCCGUAUCGCCAAACGCUGAGGAUUUGAGUUUACUUUUGGGAAACAGCAUGACACGAGGAAGGAGUUUUUCGACCACAGUGAAUCCCAAAGCAAACGAAACAAUUAAUAAUGCCACUAUUGUAAAUAAGGAGAAAAAUAUUAUUUUCAAUAAUACCAGCAAUAGUAACAUCAACGUCGACACAAGCUUAGUACAAAGGCGAAAGAAAAGCGUGCCAAAUACUCCAAAAGAAAAAGAUUCAUCAAACGCCGAAGAUUUUUUUAUAGACGUAAUUUUGCAACGCCACGCACGCCGGUUUCUCCAAUUGAAAAAACUUGAGGACCUGGGACGUAUGAGCGCUACCUUGGAUUUUCAUCUUGUUGGAUGGCUUACACGUGAAAAAGAUCGUGCUGCAAGGAUUGAAGAUUUUGUAACUGCCCUCAAAACAUUGCACGACGAGUUAGAUUGGGCAAAACCAUGUUUGGAUUUAAAUCUUAUAAAAAAUAGAACCCUUACAUUACAUCAACCCGAAUCUCCAGUCUCUAAUAUUUCAAACAAAUCCACAUUCGAGGUUGGCCAGAGGACAGAAGAUUCAGGCUACAACAGUUUAUCAAUCAACAGAUUAACAGAACACACUUCGUUGGAAAUUCAGGAUAAUGUCAAAAAUCUAAUUGAUCCUUUGAUUGAAAUGACGAUAGCAAAAUUAGAAGUUGCGACUCACGAUGCUAAAGAACAUUCAUUCACGGAAACUAAGGAAGCAAAUUUGUCUCCAAUGAAUGACAACGUAAGUGUGAGAUCAGAUCACGUUAUAACAAACUGGACAGAUGAAGCGAAUAUCUCGCUUAACCAAGAAAUAGAAGAUAGCUUCAAUAUUGCUCUUGAGAAAAUUUCCAAAAGUAGUUCAAACUGUAAUAGAGAACAACAUAAGCUGGAAAUUAAAAUGCGCUAUUUGCUACAAAUCUUUACUGAAGCAAAUUGUUACGAGUUUUCGUUGUUAUUGUCCGUUCUUCUACUAGAUGUUGCAUCAGUUUGUAGAAUAACGAACGCAGCUAUUCGCUCCAAGUCUCUGGUUGUUUGUCGUCAAUUACGAAACGGUUUGAAAGAUAUGACUCGGUGGAGUUUCAAUGAAUGUUUGGGUUAUCGUCCAUUUAUGAUAGCUUUGCAGCCGCAGCUGGCGGUGUUGGAUAAAUUUGUUAUUCAACAGGAAGCAAUACCUUCACUUACGACAACAACAAAUACGAGUGUGCAAAGUAAAACACCAACCACAUCGGAUCUUGGAAUAAUACCAGAAACGAUCACCACGUCAGUUCCAUCUGGUAAUACUGAAAACAAUGCAAUCGAUCAAGUGGAUGGACGAACGAGACAUAUGCUUGAGAAAAAAAGUAAUACUGUGUUGGAAAUAAGCUAUAAUAAACGGGACCGUAUAACGAGUCCUGUUGGUGGAGGAAACAUUUCCAGUACAACUGCUUCCGGUAGUAAUAUGCAGAGGCAUCCAACAGGCUUCGUACGAUCUGUGUCAGACCUAGAGGUUGAAAAUAUCAGAAAAAUGGCACUUGGAAAAAGCGUUCAAAGAGCUCCAGUACAGAUAAGAGAAGAAUCUGAAACAAGUUCGGGUUGUGUACUGAUGUAAUCAAAGUUUUGUAAGGUCUAGUUGCAAUUGUAUUUAUUAACCAUUUUUAACAUAGGAGUUUAGCUCACUGUUUACAUUUCCACUCACAAGAUGUACUCAUAUUUAAUUUAAUUAAAAAUACACUGUCAGAAAAUAAAAGCAGAUUGUCAGAUUUGUUGAGAAAACAUCA